ACCGGCCCCGAGGAGCCCCCACGCCGCGCUGAGCCGCCGGCGCCUCGCCGCCCAGGGACCGACGGAGCAGCGCGGUGCGCGGUAACAUGUGGCGUUGGCUGGGCUUCGGGCUGCUGCUGAGCGCCGAGCUCAGCGCCGUGUCUGCCGCGGGUUGUUCUUCUAGUUGUGGAAAAUGUGACUGCAGUGGAGUAAAAGGACAAAAGGGAGAAAGAGGCUUUCCGGGAAUACAGGGUGUGAUUGGGUUUCCUGGAAUGCAAGGACCUGAAGGUCCCCUUGGGCCACCAGGGCUUAAGGGUGAUACUGGAGAACCAGGACUGCCAGGAACAAAAGGAACAAGGGGCCCACCAGGACCAUCAGGAUUUCCAGGAAACCCAGGCAUCCCUGGCAUUCCUGGACAAGAUGGCCCUCCUGGUCCACCUGGGAUUCCAGGAUGUAAUGGCACAAAGGGUGAAAGAGGUCCAGUAGGUCCCCCAGGUUUACCAGGACUGACUGGGAGCAUAGGACCCCCAGGACCUCCUGGAAUAAAGGGAGAUCCAGGUGAAGUGAUUGGUCUUUUACCUCCUAGUGUGCUAAAAGGUGAUAAAGGCUUUCCUGGCCAACCUGGACUACCUGGUUCACCUGGAACUCCAGGGUUUCAGGGACCAAUGGGGCCACCAGGGAUUCCAGGAGAACCAGGUCGCCCUGGGCCACCAGGACCACCAGGUGAGAAGGGCUACAUGGGCUUGGGCUUUCAAGGUCCCAAAGGUGAAAAGGGAGAACAAGGGAUCCAGGGUCCCCCAGGGCCACCAGGACCAACACCACACAUGAAAGAAAAAGGAAGCGAAAUCAUAAAGGGAGAAAAGGGUGAGCCAGGUGAAAAGGGUGAGCAGGGAGUCCCAGGAUUGCCAGGCUCAGGUUACAGAGGAGAAAAGGGUGAACCUGGGAAGCCUGGUCCACGUGGAAAGCCUGGAAAAGAUGGUGAACCAGGACCAAAAGGAGAACCCGGCUUGCCUGGAGGGUUUGGGGUUCCAGGACGGCCUGGGGAACCUGGUGCUAAGGGUGAAAAAGGUGAUCAAGGUCCUCAAGGGCCUCCAGGAAGAAUUAUAGAUGCUGGACCAAUAGAUACUUUUGGUGAAAAAGGAGACCCUGGCGUUUCUGGUUUGCCAGGACUAAAAGGUCAAAAAGGUGAAAAAGGUUUCCCUGGUGCACAAGGGAUCCCAGGAAUUCCAGGUCGACCAGUUCCAGACAUGGUAGGAUCACCUGGUGUCCCUGGCCAGAGAGGUGAAAAGGGUGAAAAGGGUUCUCCGGGAUUCCCUAUACCUGGACCUCCUGGCAGAGAUGGUUUCCCAGGCCCGCCCGGGUUGCCCGGCCCACCAGGUCCUCCAGGUGUAACAGAUGGAAUUGAUCAAUGUCAGCAGGGGCAACCUGGUGCACCGGGUAUACCUGGACCUCCAGGGCAACACGGAUUUCCAGGAGAGAUGGGAGAGAAAGGUGAAAAAGGUGAAACCUGUGCCUUGUGUGAUAAAGUAGGACCUCCUGGACUUCCAGGACCUCAAGGACUACCAGGUCCAGCAGGUUUUCCGGGACAGUCAGGUUUCAAGGGUGACAGAGGCUUACCUGGACUUGAUGGCCUUCCAGGCGUACCCGGGCCUCCAGGCGCUCCAGGACUCAUUGGCCGCCCUGGGGCAAAAGGAGAACCAGGAGAUUUUACGUAUGAUUCCAUCCUGAAAGGUGAGAAGGGAGAUCCUGGUUUCCCAGGACAACCAGGUAUUCCUGGAAGAGAAGGAACACCAGGAAAAGAUGGAUUGCCAGGGCCUCAAGGUCCAAAAGGAGCAUCGGGUACAGCUGGCUUGAAAGGAGAACGUGGUCCCCCUGGCCAACCUGGAUUCCCUGGAGUACGUGGCGAAAGAGGUUUACCUGGCCCUCCUGGGAUAGGCACUGCAGGGUUACCUGGUGACAAAGGAGACAGAGGUUUUGCUGGAACCCCAGGUUUACCUGGUCUUCCAGGAGCAAAGGGUGAAGCAGGACGAACUGUACCACUCCCUGGACCUCCUGGGGCAGAUGGCCUUCCUGGACCACCUGGUUUCCCUGGACCCCAAGGUGACAAAGGGAAUCCUGGGCUUCCAGGGAGACCUGGCCUGCCAGGAGAAAAAGGUGCUGUUGGGCAGCCAGGUAUAGGGUUUCCUGGACCUCCAGGACCCAAAGGUUUCCCAGGUCAGCCUGGCUCACCUGGUCUGCCGGGAACUCCUGGAACCCCUGGCCUGGAUGGUUUUCCAGGCACACCAGGUUUACAAGGUCAAAAAGGUGAACCUGGAGUGGGUCUCCCUGGUCCCAAAGGAUUGCCAGGCAUCCCAGGCCCAGCUGGCAUCCCAGGAGAAAAAGGAAAUCCAGGGCUGCCUGGCUUACGAGGUGAACAAGGAUUCCCAGGUGUACCUGGACAACAAGGAUUCAGAGGAGAUCCAGGCCUCCCUGGACUACAAGGCUUGCCAGGCCCCCAAGGCUCACCAGGAGUGGGCCCACCAGGAUUGCCAGGGCCUGCUGGGCAGCCAGGACCCGAAGGGCCACCAGGAUUUCCCGGAAUAAAAGGAGAAAGAGGCUUCCCUGGUAUCCCAGGUCUAGAUAGGCCAGGGCCAAAAGGCGAUAAAGGUAGCCAGGGCCAGCCUGGAGUACCAGGGUCUGUAGGGCUACCUGGCUUGCCAGGUCCACAAGGAUCUGUUGGACUGAAAGGAUCAGCAGGAGCCAAAGGAGAAAUGGGAGUUAUGGGAACUCCCGGGUUGCCAGGGACUCCUGGACCAAUUGGAGAUCGAGGGUUGCCUGGUGAAAAAGGUAGCCAAGGUUUGAAAGGUGUGGUUGGACCACAGGGUGAUCCAGGUGUCAAAGGGGAUAAAGGUGAAGCUGGUCUUCCGGGAGAACCUGGAAGCAUGGACACCAUGGAUAUGGUUAGUCUCAAAGGCCAAAAAGGAGAUCCUGGAGAAAAAGGAGACCUUGGGCUACCAGGAGAAAAAGGGUUACGUGGGGAGUAUGGAGAACCAGGAAUUCCAGGAAGGGAUGGUGAACCUGGUACUCCGGGACAACCAGGACCAAAAGGAGAUCAGGGUCCCCCAGGGUACCCAGGAGAUCCAGGAAUUCCAGGACAAAAAGGAUCAGUUGGUGAAAUGGGUUUGCCAGGAACACCUGGAGAAAAGGGUCUGCCUGGAAUACCAGGUUCACCAGGCACACCAGGGUUCCCUGGGCAAAAAGGUGAAAAAGGAGACAAAGGAGCAGCAGGUUUUCCUGGAAUUGGAUUUCCAGGAUCUCCUGGUGAGAAGGGAGAACCAGGAAGAAUAGGUAGUCCAGGUUUAUCUGGAGACAAAGGUGAAAAGGGUAAUGCAGGAAUUCCAGGAAUGCCGGGUUCUCCAGGUCCCAAAGGAUCCCCUGGCAUGGCAGGAUUUCCAGGGAGCCCAGGCCUCCAUGGAGCAAAGGGUGAAAAAGGACUUCCUGGCUUAAGUGGCAUCCCAGGUUUAAAAGGAGAACCAGGUGAACCUGGUGUUCCUGGUCCUGCUGGUUCCAUUGGUCAGAAGGGUGAACCAGGCUAUGAUGGGAUUCCAGGCACAGCUGGUGCAAAGGGUGAACAAGGUGCUCCAGGUAAAGGAUUUCCAGGAUUUCCAGGUGCAAAGGGAGAUAAAGGUGCGAAAGGUGAAGUGGGUUUCCCAGGAUCCCCAGGAAUCCCAGGGAUUCCAGGCUUAAAAGGAGAACAAGGGUAUGCUGGCCCACCAGGCCCUAAAGGCAACCAAGGUCUUCCUGGACUACCAGGAAGUGCAAUUGAGGGCCCUAAAGGAGACAGAGGACCCCAAGGCCAACCUGGCCUACCAGGUUUACCAGGUCCAAUGGGGCCACCAGGACCUCCAGGUCUGAAAGGGGCUAAAGGAGAGCAGGGGAGUGAUGGCUGGCCUGGAACUCCUGGAGGUCCAGGAGAUAAAGGUGAUCCAGGUUUCCAGGGACUGCCAGGUAGUCCUGGUUUGCCAGGAGGUGCUGGUGAAAAAGGUGAUCUAGGGCCUCCAGGUGUUCCAGGUGUUCCAGGUCCAAAAGGAUCUGCAGGCUUCCCAGGCCUCAAGGGUGAACGAGGUGACCAAGGUCUUCCUGGAUCUAAAGGUUUACAAGGCCCACCGGGCCCCCCAGGUGCUUUUCAGCUUAUCAAAGGGGAUCCUGGCUUACCUGGUCCAGUAGGACCAGUUGGUCUCAAAGGAUUUCCAGGACUUCCAGGUCCCAAAGGACAGCAAGGAGUAACAGGACCUUCAGGUGUACCUGGACCACCUGGUAGUCCAGGGUUUGAUGGCAGACCCGGGCAAAAAGGAGAAGUUGGUCCUUAUGGUCCCCCAGGGCCCAGAGGAAUCCCUGGUCCACCUGGCCCUGAAGGUUUACCUGGUGCUAUGGGCCCACCAGGUGCAGCAUCUGUUGCUCAUGGCUUCCUUGUUACCAGACACAGUCAAACCACUGAAGAACCACAAUGUCCUUUUGGAACAAGGCUGAUUUACCAUGGCUACUCCCUGCUUUAUGUACAAGGAAAUGAAAGAGCACAUGGCCAAGAUCUGGGCACCGCAGGGAGCUGUCUUCGUAAAUUUAGUACUAUGCCUUUCUUAUUCUGCAAUAUCAACAAUGUAUGUAACUUUGCGUCGAGGAAUGACUAUUCCUACUGGCUGUCCACUCCUGAGCCCAUGCCAAUGAGUAUGGCACCUCUCACUGGUGAAAGUAUCAGACCAUUCAUCAGCAGAUGCGCUGUGUGUGAAGCUCCUGCUAUGGUAAUUGCUGUUCAUAGUCAAACAAUCCAGAUACCACCAUGUCCUGAAGGCUGGAGUUCCCUUUGGAUUGGUUACUCCUUUGUCAUGCAUACCAGUGCUGGUGCUGAGGGCUCUGGCCAGGCCCUGGCGUCUCCUGGUUCCUGCCUGGAGGAGUUCCGCAGCGCUCCCUUCAUUGAAUGCCAUGGCCGGGGCACCUGCAAUUAUUAUGCAAAUGCUUACAGCUUCUGGCUUGCCACUAUAGAGAGGAAUGAGAUGUUCAAGAAACCGACUCCGUCAACUUUGAAAGCAGGGGAUCUGCGCUCAAACGUUAGCCGUUGUCAAGUCUGUAUGAGAAAUACAUAAUGACUUUUGAAUUUCAACUUAUUUCACACAAUAUGGUGCUAUUUGUUUAACAGCAAUGAAGCCUAGACAUAUAUCAUAUGUACCUCAUUGUUGUCCAAUAUGAAAACAGUAAAGUGCCUUUUAGGAACUUGCAUAACUAACACACACUGCUUUACUGGCCCUGUCCUUGCUGAAGAAGAAAAGAGACAACAAAGAUAAGCUUCAAAUGUUGACAUGCCAAAUGGCACUUUUGAUCAAAAAAUAUAUAUUUUUUAUAUAAAUGCAAUGCACUGAUAGAAUAAAAAGUCAGCAUUCGUCCAGAAAAAUGCAAAGGUGCUAGGAGGUAUGCAGUUCUGCCUUAUACUGUUGGACUCCCCUUUCUCAUUCUUGUAUUAUAUAUUUAGAUUCAUUUUUCUUCCCCAGAUGAGUUUGUUGUUAUCAUUAUUUAGGUGUCUCAAAAUCCCAGACUCUUGUGUAUGUACUUAUUGUUCCUUAUUGUACAAAGCAAUACUAAUGUAAAAAAAAAAAAAAAAGGAGUUUUGGGAUUACAGACUGUGGUUAAGCAACAAGUAACCAUCUUUUCAAAGCAUAGAUUGCCAUCCCGCAAACCUUUGCUUCUGUUGUAGUCCUUAGUGCUAUUGGUUUUUAAUGGGACUACACCUGGAAGAGACUUCCAAAUCGGUCUCCCAAUAGGCAAGUAAGUGUUUCUGCUAUGUUGGUACUAUGCAGCUUCUUCAUGCAGUAGAACAAACUUUCCUGUGGAAUAAAGAAUGAUCCAACAAUGGUCAAGAAAAAAAUAUAUAAAUGUGUUAGUAAUUUAUAUAGAUAUCAACCAUUAUGCUUUCAGUUUAUCAUUACAGAAAGAAGCUUACAGAAGUUUUCUUCUUUGCAGUGUCAUAAAUUCGGUGUUAAAUAUCAAAAUAUGAUGUGAAAUGUUCAUUUUAGAUAGGUCAUUUCAAUUCCAAAUUUGCAGAGACUGAACCCAGGUUAAUAGCUAUUUGUGUUUAUUAUAGUCAAUCCUGCUUUGAGCUUAUAGUCUUUAUUCUGUAUUUAAUAUUUUUCAGGGUUUUAAACACUACUCACACACUGAAUGACUUGAUUUUGAGAAGUAUAAGGCCUUAAUUUUGUUAAUAUUGUGCCAAAAAAUUCUUUACAGUGGCCUCGUUAACAUUUCUAAAGAAUUUCUAUGCAACGAUACCAAUGUUUGAGCACAUCUGCAUCCGAAAGUGUUUUACAGACUAUAAUCAUGCAAAUACCAAAAGUUUUUUACAAAUGCCAAGGCCUUUGUGUAAUUUCUUAAAUGUGUAUUAUUUCUUAAAAAUUCAAGUUUGUAAUAAAACUAUUUGUAGUAAAAAAAAAAAGAAAAAA